AUAUAUAUAUAUAUAUAUAUAUAUAUAUAUUAUAAGUGUACAGGGGCCUUGGACAUUUCUUUUCUUUCUUUAAUAUAAUAAUAGUAUGUACUGAUACUAAAGGGAUAGUUAUAUUCCUUUUCAAAUUUCACGUUCUGGAAACUUUUCCCAUGGUUCUCUGCCACUCUCUUUGUGCAGCUCUUGACAAGAAAAAUUGGAAGGAUUGUAAAGCAUACGAAAAAUAUUCCUUCAAGAGGAGACAUUUCAUGGUCCUAAAUUGCUAGAAACUAUUAGUUUUAUCAAGAAUUCCCAAGAACUUGAAUUGGGGAUUUCUUUCAAAAAGGCUACAACCCUCAGGGUAGCAGACGUCCACGUUAGGCUCUAUUGCCAUUUUCAACUGAUAUUUUGGUGAGCUCCAUCUCUCCCUGGAGCAUCCUAUGCCUAGUAUUCUUUUUGGGUACAUUUACAGGUCCCUAGUUUGGCAUGACGGGCCCUAUUCCAACUAGUCACUUAUAGUAUAGCGUGUCAGACUGACUAGAGGCUUCAUGGACAUCAUGUAGUAUCGUAAUGUUCAGUUUUGUUAAUGCAACUCUCUCACAUAUGUAUAUAGCUUAUAUUGAAUAUCCCAUUCCUUAUUAUCUCAUAAUCUUACGUACGUCGUAGAAUGCUUAUAGGGUAAGUGUAUACGGUCUUGUUUGUCCUUCUUAAUUGGGGACGUGGCAAACUUGGUAUCAGAGCGCCUAGGUUCAGGUGUCCUCGGAAGUCUAUGAAGCCGUGUCUAGUAGGACCUUACUUAUCGAAACGUUUGUCUAGUAGGACCUUACUUAUCGAAACGUUGACUGGUAUGAAACGUGGGUCAAUUUGAGAGGUCAGGAAGCUCCUCCAGCAGUCUGGACAGAAUUGCAGAAACUUUCAUAGACCACUUCAUGCCAUUAGAGCUUAGAGAGGUAAAGAUGGAUGAAUUUCUUUCUUUAAAGCAGGGUAAUCUUAGUGUUAAGGAGUGUUUUUUGUGGUUUACGCAGUUUUCCAAAUAUGCUCCAGAGGUGGUUAGCACGCAAGCAAAAUGGAUUUAUCGCUUUGUAAAUGGCUUUGCAGGUCCCUUGAAGGACCUUCUUUCUGUUGCUGCUAUGAAUAGGGAUUUGGAUAUAGCAAGGAUCAUGGCACGUGCUCAGCAAAUAGAGGAAGAUCAGCGAAAUCAUGAAGGAGAUAAUGAGAAGGAGAAGAGUAAGAGAGCUAGGACGGCCAGCCAGUAUCAGGGAUGCAGUGGAGCUUCCACUAGUAGAGGGCCACUUAGGCAGACCCAAUCAGCUGUGCGCUCCACAUCUAAUACUCCAACACAGUUCUUGAGGCACACGUCUGAGUGGAGUCAGACUUCUAGGGAACCAGACUUACGACCUCAGAGGGGUGUUAGUCGAAGGUUACCACCUCAUCCUACAUGCAGGCAGUGUGGCCGACCACAUGGAGGAGAGUGUCGGCGUGGUUCCAAUACAAGUUACUAGUGUGGUAUAGAGGGUCAUAUAGUACAUGAUUGUCCACAGCUCAGAGGUAAAGGUAGAUGUGAUCGAUCACAGCCUACAGGGUCUGCAUCAACUUCAUCUUCAUCAGUGCCAUCUUCUUCUCGCGAUCCUCAGACAUCAGCAGACAGAGGAUCUGGUAGGGGCAGAGGGCCCGGUUCGAGCGCAGGCUCGAACUGUAUGUAUGCACUAGCUGGUCGACAGGAUUCAGAGGCAUCUCCAGAUAUGGUCACAUGUACCUUAGCUAUAUUUUUGCAUGAUGUAUAUGCCUUGAUAUACCUAGGAUCUACCUUGUCAUUGUCACACCCUUUUUUAACCCGAAAAGAAGGAUUUUAUGUUCGAAAAGGGUUUUUAUUAUUAAAGUGACA